GGGGCUGGGCGCGCUGCAGGGCGCGGGAGCGCGCCGGUGGCGGUGGCGGCAGUGGCGGCGACUGUGGGGGUGGGGGGCGGGGAGCUUUGGUUGAGGCGACCGUGGCUGUUAGGCACCCUCGACUGGCGGCGGUGACGGCUCCUAGUGCGGCGGGGCGCUCGGCCAGCUUUCUAGGUCGGAACGGAACGCUCGGCCUCGCGGGCCCCGCCCGGAAAGUUUGCAGUGUAGCCGCGACCUCCUGGCCGGCGCGGCCCAGCAUGAAGCGGCGCUGAGGAGCCGCCGCGGCCGCCUGAGGAGGAGGCGCUGCACCCCGGGCCACGCCGAUGACUACUGCAAACUGUGGCGCCCACGACGAGCUCGACUUCAAACUCGUCUUCGGCGAGGACGGGGCACCAGCGCCGGUGUCCCAGGUCUCGCGGCCUGCAGAUCUUGAAGCAGAUGAAUGUGCAUCCAUUUACAUCUUUAAUGUAGAUCCGCCUCCAUCUGCUUUAAACUCACCCCUUGGCUUACCACAUCAUGGACUGCUGCAGUCUCACUCUUCUGUUUUAUCACCAUCAUUUCAGCUCCAGGGUUACAAAAAUUAUGAAGGAACUGGUGAUAUUUCUGAAUCUAAAUAUAGCCCAUUAGGUGGUCCUAAACCCUUUGAGUGCCCAAGUAUUCAAAUUACAUCCAUCUCUCCUAACUGUCAUCAAGGAACAGAUGCUCAUGAAGAGGACCUACAUAUAAAUGACCCAGAAAGGGAAUAUUUGGAAAGGCCUUCUAGAGAUCAUCUCUAUCUUCCACUUGAGCCAUCCUACCGGGAAUCUUCCCUUAGUCCUAGUCCUGCCAGCAGCAUUUCUUCUAGGAGCUGGUUCUCUGAUGCAUCUUCUUGUGAAUCUCUGUCUCACAUUUAUGAUGAUGUGGACUCUGAGUUGAAUGAAGCAGCUGCACGAUUCACUCUUGGCUCACCUCUGACUUCUCCAGGUGGCUCUCCAGGAGGUUGCCCUGGAGAAGAGUCCUGGCAUCAACAGUAUGGAUCUGGACACUCCUUGUCACCUAGGCAGUCUCCUUGCCACUCUCCUAGAUCCAGUAUCACUGAUGAGAAUUGGCUGAGCCCCAGACCAGCCUCAGGACCCUCAUCAAGGCCCACUUCUCCCUGUGGUAAACGACGGCACUCCAGUGCUGAAGUAUGUUAUGCUGGUUCCCUUUCACCCCAUCACUCACCUGUUCCAUCCCCUGGUCACUCCCCUAGAGGAAGUGUAACAGAAGAUACCUGGCUCACUGCUCCUGUUCACACUGGAUCAGGCCUCAGCCCUGCACCGUUUCCAUUUCAGUACUGUGUAGAGACUGACAUCCCUUUGAAAACAAGGAAGACUUCUGAAGAUCAAGCUUCCAUACUACCAGGAAAAUUAGAGGUCUGUUCAGAUGAUCAAGGGAGCUUAUCCCCAUCCCGGGAGACGUCAGUUGAUGAUGGCCUUGGAUCGCAGUAUCCUUUAAAGAAAGAUUCAUCUGGUGACCAGUUUCUUUCAGUUCCUUCACCCUUUACCUGGAGCAAACCAAAGCCUGGCCACACCCCAAUAUUUCGCACAUCUUCAUUACCUCCAUUAGACUGGCCUUUACCAACUCACUUCGGACAAUGUGAAUUGAAAAUAGAAGUUCAACCUAAAACUCACCAUAGAGCCCAUUAUGAAACUGAAGGUAGCCGAGGGGCUGUGAAAGCCUCUACUGGUGGCCAUCCUGUUGUGAAGCUCCUGGGCUAUAGUGAAAAGCCAAUAAAUCUACAGAUGUUUAUUGGAACAGCCGAUGAUAGAUAUUUACGACCUCAUGCAUUUUACCAGGUGCAUCGAAUUACUGGAAAGACAGUUGCCACUGCAAGUCAAGAGAUAAUAAUCGCCAGCACAAAAGUUCUGGAAAUCCCACUUCUACCUGAAAAUAAUAUGUCAGCGAGUAUUGAUUGUGCAGGUAUUUUGAAGCUCCGCAAUUCAGAUAUAGAACUUCGAAAAGGAGAAACUGAUAUUGGCAGAAAGAAUACUAGAGUCCGACUUGUAUUUCGUGUGCACAUCCCACAGCCCAGUGGAAAAGUCCUUUCUCUACAGAUAGCAUCUAUUCCUGUUGAGUGCUCUCAGCGAUCUGCUCAAGAGCUCCCUCAUAUUGAGAAGUACAGCAUCAACAGUUGCUCUGUCAAUGGAGGCCACGAAAUGAUUGUGACUGGAUCUAAUUUUCUUCCAGAAUCCAAAAUCAUUUUUCUUGAAAAAGGACAAGAUGGAAGACCUCAUUGGGAGGCUGAAGGAAAAAUAAUCAGAGAAAAGUGUCAAGGGGCUCACGUUGUCCUUGAAGUUCCUCCCUAUCACAACCCAGCAGUUACGUCUGCCGUGCAGGUGCACUUUUAUCUUUGCAAUGGCAAGAGGAAAAAAAGCCAGUCUCAACGUUUUACUUACACACCAGUUUUGAUGAAGCAAGAACAAAGAGAAGAUAGUGAUUUGUCUUCAGUUCCAUCUUUGCCUGUGCCUCAUUCUGCCCAGACCCAGAGGCCUUCCUCAGAUACAGGGCAUCCCCAUGACAGUGCAUUGUCAGCACCAAGAAGCUUGAUUUGUCCAAUGCAGCCAGCAUAUGCAUCUAUGAUAACCUCCACCCAUUUGCCACAGCUGCAAUGUAGGGAUGAGGGUGCUGGUAAAGAACAGCACAUAAUACCAUCUUCAGUCAUGCACCAGCCUUUUCAAGUUACACCAACAUCUUCUAUGGGGUCUUCCUAUCAGUCUAUACAAACUAAUAUGUAUAAUGGUCCAACUUGUCUUCCUAUGAAUCCUGCCUCUAGUCAAGAAUUUGACCCAGUUUUGUUUCAGCAGGAUGCAGCUCUUUCUAGUUUAGUAAACCUUGGCUGUCAACCACUGUCACCAGUACCAUUUCAUUCUUCAAAUUCAGAUGCAACAGGACAUCUCUUAGCACAUUCACCUCAUUCUGUGCAAACCCCACCUCAUCUGCAGUCAGUGGGAUACCAUUGUUCAAAUGCAGGACAAAGAUCUCUUUCUUCUCCAGUGGCAGACCAGGUCACAGGUCAGCCUUCUUCUCAUUUACAGCCUAUUACAUAUUGUCCUUCACAUCCAGAAUCUGCUAAGGCAGCUUCCCCAGCAGCCUCUCAUCCCCUGGCUAGUUCACCGAUUUCUGGGCCAUCAUCCCCUCAGCUUCAGUCAAUGCCUUAUCAAUCUCCUAGCUCAGGAACUGGCUCAUCACCAUCUCCAGCUACCAGAAUGCAUUCUGGACAGCACUCAGCUCAAGCACAAAGUACAGGCCAAGGAGGUCUUUCUGUACCUUCAUCCUUAGUAUGUCACAGUUUGUGUGACCCAGCAUCAUUUCCACCUGGUGGUACAGCUGUGAGCAUUAAACCUGAACCUGAAGAUCAGGAACCUAACUUUGCAACCAUUGGUCUACAGGAUAUCACUUUAGAUGAUGUGAACGAGAUUAUUGGGAGAGACAUGUCCCAGAUUUCUGUUUCCCAAGCCCCAGAGGUGAUCAGAGACGCUCCUCUCCCAGGUCCAGAGUCCCCAGAUCUGAUGAGCUCUAACAGUGCUCAGUGAAGCUUUGUGCCCGCCACCACCUGCUCAGCCUGCUUCUCUCCUGGAACUUGAGUUUCCAACCAGACUUCAGACUCUGUUGCAGGAGUCGGACUCACUUCGGGAAAAGCAGCAUUCCUUCACCUUAAGCCUUGGGCAGAGUUUGUAGAAGAACAGGAACAGCAUCAGCUGUUUAUGCUGUGGGAAAAUGAGCUUUGCUUUUUAUAUAUAUAUAUAUUUAAAUAGGAUCUUUUAUAUGAUGGGUGCUUUGAGUGUGAAUGAGCAGGCUCUAUUUCAGAGGUGCUGCUCUUGCAGGUGACCUGGUUGCAUAGCUAGGAUUAGUAAUUUGUACUGCUUUCUGGUCAUUUGAAGAGCCCUUUAGUUUUGAUGGUAUUUUUAAAAUAGAACUUUUGAUAAAAACCUUCCAGAUGCAGACAAAAAAAAAAUAUCCUAAGCCCACACUUACACCUCAGAAACUUAGCAUGCAUUCUGAAGCCUUUCAUAGACUCAUAGGAAAUAAAGCCAAAUGUAGCUCAUACUCUUUAUAAA